UCGAACCGUGCACUCUCAUUGGUCAGCUGCUUCUCGGUGUUUAUUUCCGGAAGUAAGUUCUUUAGUGUCAGACUUUCCUGAAGGACUGCUAUCAAAGCGCACAUCCAUCUCCACAGAAGCCAGGCGACAGGUGUGUCCUCGUCCACAGGAUGGCACAUUGGUUUCACAGAAACCCUCUGAAGGCUACAGCGCCCGUGUCUUUUAAUUUCUACGGAGUGGCAGGGAGCCCCGCCGCCAAUAAGAUAUGCAAUGAUCUGCGGACAACCAGGGCGAGGCUGCUGGAGAUGUUCACUGAUGUCACCUGCAGCCCCGAGAUCAUGAAAAAUGCCACAGACGCAUACUUCUCCCUCCUCCAAGGCUUCAUCUCAUCCUUGGAUGGAACCACACAGGAGAACAAGAUGAGGUUCAUCCAGAACUUCAAGUGGACUGACACCAUACAAGGAAACAUACCAAGUGCCCAGCAGGAUGCAGUCUUUGAACUGGUCUCCAUGGCCUUCAAUGUAGCCCUCUGGUACACCAAGUUUGCCUCAAGACUAGCAGGGAAAGAAAACAUUACGGAACCUGAAGCAAAAGAUGUUCACCGGAGCCUGAAAGUCGCUGCUGGUAUCUUCAAAACCCUCAAGGAGGUCCACAUCCCUCGGCUCAUCACCCCGGCUGAAAAGGGCCGUGACCUGGAGACUAGAGUGAUUGAUGCAUAUAUCAUUCAGUGCCAAGCAGAGGCGCAGGAAGUGACAAUUGCCAGAGCGAUUGAACUGAAGCACAACGCCACACUCAUCGCAGCACUGGCAUUUGAGACAGCAAACUUCUAUCAAAAAGCCAACCAAACACUGAACACCUUGGAGCCAGAGUGCAGUAGCAAGUGGAGGAAGUAUUUUCUGCUGAAGCAGCACUUUUACAUCGCUUAUGCAUACUGUUAUUAUGGACAGACACUGCUGGCGAGUGACAAGUGUGGUGAAGCUAUAAGAGCUCUCCAGGAGGCAGAAAAGUGUCACUCUUGUGCCGUGGAUCAGUGUAAAGAAUACCGGCAGACCAAAGGCCCAGGCACCACAGCGAAACCGUCGGAGCAGCUGUUCUUCCUCAAACUGGGCGGUGUCAUUAAAAACACGCUGGAGAAGUGCCAGAGAGAAAAUGGCUUCAUAUACUUCCACAAGGUCCCGACUGAGGCGCCCCUGCUGGAGUUGAAGGCAAGUUACGGCCUGGCUGAGCCAAUCCCCUUCGAGCUGCCGCCUCUCAGCGAGCAGUGCUCUGCCGAAGUCUAUGCCACCUUUGACCUGACCAAGGGAGCCAAAAACGACAAGGCCAAACCCAAGGAGGAGGAGGUGAGACCAAUGAAGGAGCCUGAUCUGAAGCCUCAGAAGGACACGGGCUGCGUCGUCUCCUAAACCUUACACACACAUAACAUCUUCAGCCUCAUGCUUCUGUACCAUCUAUUGUAAUGAUGGCAUCUAUAUUUCUUGUCAUGUAAACCUCCAUAGGGGAAAAAAAAGAAAUGUUUUUUUUUGUAAUAUUAAUCCAUUGUUGUUUUACAUUUAUGCUGAAACAUGCGUAUUGUAUUUCGAUAUGACAGCCAGUGUCCUCUAAACGAGAGCCAGUCACAUCUUCUGAACACCUUCUCAUUAAGUCAACCUUAAACAUUUAAAAUUUUCUGUCAGGUGAAAGGAUUACUUUAAAUUGGGUCCCUACACGAGCUCAUUUCAAGUAGAACUUAUGUGGGUGAAGUCGUUCUAUUAAUGGUGCCUUUGGCUGCAAUGUAAACCUGUUCACUGUGGCCCCAUGCACACAAAGUAUCUGGUUUUUAACCUUCUCGGCACAGGAGGGUGCUGGCUUGAUUCUAGAUGACUCGGACAUGCUGAAAAACAGCCUCAGGAUACAGAUCUAAACAAAAGACGCAGCAGUAGAAGCAGAAAUUAUAAAAAGCCAGAUUAUCACCACUGCAUGGAAAAUGAUGCAAACGUAUUCCCACAAUCAGCCUGUAUAUUACAAUACUUUGAGAUGAUGUGAAUCAACAGUGGACAGAAAAAGAAGGGUAUGUGUGUUACUGUUGCUGAAUUUGGUUUGUUUUAGCUGUAGCAGUUUACAAUCAAUAUUUGAUUUAGAUCACAUGACAUAUGUAUUGUAGUUCAUUUUGUACAUGACAUGAUGUAGCUGUUUUUUUUUUUGUUUUUUUUUUUACUUUUUCAUUUAAGAAAACUUUAUUACUGAUGAGGCUGAAUCAUUCUUUAACAUACUUAGGGAUUCUGUUAUAAAUCCUUAUCCGUAGUAGUUCUUAAUUUAUUUCUCGUUAUGUUAUGAUAUUUUAGUUGAUACCUUAAAGCGCUUAUGACAGUAUAGAAUUCUACAUAACUCCAAAUACAUUUUUAGGUGAUUUUUAUGUUUCAGUGGAUACACUAGACAUACCGACUGACACGCACAGUGAAAGGCUUACUCUUGUAAACGUUAAACGAGUGCUGCUGUCAAUAACUGACACACAUCUAUUGAGUGUUAUCCCCUUCCUUCAAGACAGAGGUCAGGGCAGGAGCAUUUAUCACAUACUGGGUUUGGCAGGACACUUGCUGCCAAAGAGCUGUGUCACAGAUGUCGCUCAUAUUUUCAAAACUUUGAAAAUUAAUGUUGGUUAAAGCAGGGACCUUGUAUAAACUGUAACAUACUGCUCACAUGCUCAUUUAUGCCCCUACAUGUAUAUGAUGUUACCUGAGCAAGACUCCCAGCAGUAGUAAAAAGCAGACAAGUUAACUUUCUCACUAAAUUUCUUUCUAGCACAACUCCUUCGCACUUUAUAUUCAGAUGUGCAGGGCUUUCAGUGGGGAUCUAACAGUCAAGGCCUUAAACUGUUCUUUAUUACACCUGGAACAGUGAGUUUAACAGAAGUCAGACCAGGUCCUUUAUUCUACUCAAGACAACUGUUUAUUUAAAAGGUGUGUCAGAUCAACGUUACUAUGUACACUCCUGUAGCUCAUCACCCCUCUAAUGGUGUCCGUCAUGUGAAAUGUAUUUCAAACUCUAUUAAAUCAUCCAUAAAAAGAUGCAAAGAUA